AGCUUACCUUGCAUAUUAAGGCGCACAUGGCUUGUGUAGAAAAGAGUUGCCCUAAAGUAACUCACACCAAUUUAGAUAUGAUACAACAGCCAAAAGGGAAGAGUUAAGUCCCCAUCAGCACCACUAGCAAUGCACCAUCAACCAACAAGCCUUUUUUUUUAAUGUUACGAACUAGAGGAAGCACCUUCUUCUGUGAAAUCUCAUUGUAUGCCUUGUAAAAUCACUGCCAUGGUUUAUCCUUGUACUUUGGGGCUGCAAUUUAGCAUUCUCGACGAGUCAUUAAGGAUUGAAUGCCGUAUUCUCAGAAACGCAUGAUUCUAAUAUAAUGGAGCAAAAAUCAACAUUGGCAUGAACCUGCAGGGUCUCAAUAAAUUACUCCAUUAAUCACCAUAGAAGCUUUCAUCGCUGCUCUUAAAGGAUGAAUAGCGAGGUAGAUUUUUUUCUGCAUUUCAGGGUUUGAUUUCCUUUUAUUCUUAAAAACGGUCCUCUGCUGAGGGUUGAUUAAUACAAUUGACCAGUAAUCUUUUGUAUUUCAAAGCAGAAAGCUCGAUAUAACGUCUUCUGAAGAACUUUUUGAAGCAGGCAUCGCGACAUGAAUGCUGCCGAAUAUAGGCGCCUAUGGUUCUCCCCAAUGUGUGGAAUCGCUUUAGGGUGAUUAUCAAGUGCGCCUUGGACUCAAUCUUAGGAGAGGUAUUUUAUCUAGCCUGCGGAAGUUGCCAAGCAUUUCAAUAGCCCCUUGUUCGGGGCUCGUGUUGGAUUUUUUUCUUCGACGCUGGCCUCACGUUACUAUCUGCGCUGCAAAAUAGAUGUGUAUCAACUCUCGUGAAAACUACAUGUGGGGGGAUUGAUGAGGUCUCAGGCUUUCAGGUUUUUCACUGUGCUAACGUCCACUUUCUACGGAGCUGAUAUAGAUGCCCGGCGUGCGCUUUCCUUUAAAAGAAGAGAAUCAGGGCGGGAUACUAAACCUCCACCUGAAAACCACUUCGUACCUCCCCCUCUCUCUAUCUUGUUCUUAUCACACUAACUUCAUGCUUACCAGAUCCCAAAGCUUUCCUUUCCUCAUAUUCGACACACCCAAGUCAUCAUCUUUGACAUUCCACAUCCACCACAAACACCGCUCCCUCUCUCCCUCCCUCCGCUCCCCUCCCUCUGCAACAACAACUAUAAAAGGAGAAGAAAAGAAAACCAUAAUAAAAAAAAUACGCCACCCGUAUCUGCCAUGUCGCAGGUUUUAG